ACGGUAGCCAGUAACCGGAAGUUGUCUAGUUUAGCUCAUUUGCAUGAGAGACAAGAAGACAACAACGGGAAAUGAGAGACAGACUAUGACAAAGGAAUGAAUAUGAAUUCCACAAAAAGAUAUGGCUAGUAACGAGCCUAGACGACAUGUCCAAAAGAUCAGAUUAACAGUGCUAUGUGCAAAGAAUUUGGCGAAGAAAGACUUUUUCCGUCUUCCUGAUCCAUUUUCCAAGAUAAGUGUAGAUGGAUCUGGACAAUGCCAUUCAACAGAUACCUGUAAAAACUCAUUGGAUCCAAAAUGGAACCAACAUUAUGACUUAUAUGUCGGUCCAAAAGACUCCAUAACAAUCAGUGUAUGGAACCACAAAAAAAUCCACAAAAAGCAGGGGGCAGGUUUCUUGGGGUGUGUCCAAAUAAAAUCUAAUGCAAUCCAGCAGCUGAAAGAUACAGGAUUUCAGAGGUUGGACCUCCAGAGAAACAGUGCCGAUGAUAGCGACAAUGUUAGGGGACAGAUUGUCAUCAGUCUCAUUUCGCGGGAUCGAGGAGGUUCAGGAUCAGGGCCUGUAAAUACUGAUGCCCCUGCUCUGAUCCCACAGGAUCCCAAUGAACUCCCAGAAGGGUGGGAGGAACGACAGACGGCUAGUGGAAGGGUUCACUAUGUAAACCACAUUACCAGGACUACACAGUGGGAGAGGCCCACAAGGCCUGCUACAGAGUCUGUCAGGACGAGUAACUCCAGUAACAGCCUACAGAGCGUAAAUCCUCCCAGUAGUCGGCCCAAUAAUCGGGCCGUUCCCAACAACAACAAUAACAAUAGUAUCAAUAAUAAUGAGGACAAUGACUGUUCCAGUAACCCACCGUUACCAAGGAGACGAUCCACCAGACAUCGGAACUAUCUCAAUCGGUCUCAACUUCACAAUGCAAUAGAGUUACCAGAUGGUUAUGAACAAAGAACCACUCAACAAGGACAAGUGUACUUUUUACACACCAGAACUGGUGUGAGUACGUGGCAUGAUCCCAGAGUCCCAAGGGAUCUGUCCGGAUCAGAAAUCCAGGAUGAGGAGUUAGGGAAUCUGCCGGUGGGAUGGGAAGUCCGUCACACUGGGAGUGGGAGGGUCUACUUUGUGGACCACAAUAACAGAACCACCCAGUUUACAGACCCCAGACUCUCUGCAAAUAUUCGCAGGCUUCAGACUCGAACGAUAGAGGAGAGUGCACCGCCUGUCACUUCAAGAAGAAUCAUUGACAAAGAAAAUGAUUCUCCAGUCCCAAAGUACAAAAGAGAUUUGGUGCAGAAGCUUAAGAUCCUCAAACUCGAGUUACAGAACCUCCAACCCCAAGGGGGGCAUUGCAGAAUGGAGGUAUCAAGGGAGGAAAUAUUUGAGGAUUCCUACAGAACUGUGAUGAAGUUACGAGCCAAAGACCUCAGAAAGAGACUAAUGGUGAAAUUCAAAAGAGAAGAGGGACUGGAUUAUGGAGGGGUGGCCAGAGAGUGGCUGUACCUGUUGUCCCACGAGAUGCUGAAUCCUUACUACGGUCUCUUCCAGUAUGCUAGAGAUGAUAUUUAUACACUGCAGAUUAAUGCAGACUCAGGAGUUAAUCCUGAACACUUGUCCUAUUUCCACUUUGUGGGCCGAAUCAUUGGUAUAGCAAUAUUCCAUGGUCAUUAUUUGGACGGGGGUUUCACUUUGCCAUUCUACAAACAGCUACUUGCCAAACCUGUGACUCUGAAUGAUCUAGAGAAUGUGGACCCAGAACUCCAUAGGAGUCUGGUCUGGUUACUAGAGAACAACAUUGAGGCAGUGCUAGAUCACACAUUUUCAGUGGAACACAAUUCUUUCGGUAAGGUCCAGGAAUAUGAACUGAAGCCAGGUGGAAGACAUGUGGAGGUUACAGAAGAAAACAAAUCAGAAUAUGUCAAAUUGUAUGUACAGUGGAGAUUUAUGAGGGGAAUUGAAGCUCAAUUUUUAGCCUUACAGAAAGGUUUUAAUGAAAUAAUUCCUCAACAUUUAUUAAAGCCUUUUGAUGAGAGGGAACUGGAGUUAAUGAUUGGUGGACUUGGAAAGAUUGAUUUGAAUGAUUGGAAAGCUCACACAAGGUUAAAACACUGCACAGCAGAGAGCAAUAUUGUCAAAUGGUUCUGGCGAUCUGUGGAGGAGUUUGAUGAUGAGAUGCGGGCCAGGUUGCUUCAGUUCGUGACAGGAAGUUCUCGUGUUCCAUUACAAGGCUUUAAAGCCUUACAAGGUUCAACUGGAAAUGCAGGUCCAAGACUGUUCACUAUUCAUCAAGUGGAUGCCAACACUGACAAUCUUCCAAAGGCACACACAUGUUUCAACAGAAUAGACAUACCACCAUAUGAGAAUUAUGAGAAACUGUACUCUAAGUUAUCCUGUGCAGUGGAGGAGACUUGUGGUUUCGCUGUGGAGUGAUAGAAACUGUGUGACCUUUCACUGACCUUCAGGUGGAGUGAUAGAAACUGUAUUACCUUUAGCUGACCUUCAGUUGGAUCAAUAUCUGGUGCUGCAUUAUGCGUUGUGAUGGAUCAAACUGACUCAAGUUCAUAGUGUUUUUUUUUAGUUCAGUAUAUGUCGAGUUGAUGUAUUCCUGGUAAUCUGUUAUAUUUAAUCAAAUUUAUAUUUUUGUUUAGUUUUGUAUGUGUGAAGAUAAUUAUGAUCUCCCAUAGACUUGUUUAUAUACAAAUCAAAUACUAAGAGACAUGUCACCAGUAUUUCAGUUCAGUAUCUAAUUUUGUAUGAAAAUGAUAUAAAUGCACAUUUUUUUCUACUUGGGGGCCAUUGCAGUAUGAUAUGUACCAGAUAUGAUGGGUUGAUUGAACACAUAUAGCUUUCUUUUGAACAUGGUUGUCCAUAAAAAAGGCCAGGAAUCUAAUUCAUUCAUUGAAUUCAUGCUAGUCAGACCAUAUUCUUUCCAGAAUCAAUUUACCAAAUGUCCCAGAAAUUAUAUAUGUAAAGUAUACAACUUCAAUUUGAUUAUAUGUGUAUAUACUUCAUCAUUUUCAGUUUGUACAGUGUUCAUAAUAUUAUGCACACAUUUCUGAUUUUACUCAUUGAGAAUAUUUUGCAUGUACAGAACUUCCUAAGAGUUUUAUUGCCACCUCUAGAAAUUGUAUCAUACAAGUGACUCCGUUUUCUGACAGCAAAAAUGAAAGAAAAAAAAAUCAUGGUAAAUUUGUAAGUUGUACAGUUUUAUUUUGAUAGUGUAUGCUAGUGAUUCUGUGUAAAUGAAUCUUACAAGAUUUUAUAUUGUGAUUGAAAAGCCCUACAUGACAUAAUUUUAAGAAUUUUAUUAUUCUUUAAUUUUGCAUGCUUAAAAAAAAAAGAAAUUGUUUUAGAAUGCAGUCAGCAGGUUGUGAAAAAAAGUGUCAAUAAAUGUCUCAUGGAAACCGAUUGGUAAUUUGAUCAGGUUUUUAAUAAUUAAAAAAAAAGAAGGAACUUCUGUCUGCAAACAAAUUAGUUUACAUAGCAACUCUGAUGUGGUUGUGAAUCUGUCAUUUCUUACAUGUUUUAGAGCAGAUAUUAAAAUCAGGAAGUUUUUUUUAAAGAAAAGAUUAUUGAUAAAAACACUUUCAGGGAAUUUUUAUUUGCAAAAUGGAAACAAAGAUUGGGCAAGCAAUUUCUUUAAAGGGAGGGGGGCUGAUAUGCUAGAUACCGUCCAAAGUUAUUGAUGUAAAAUUUGAACUUUUUUUUAUUUUAAAAUUCAUCUCCACAAUUUUUGAAAUUAAACUGUGAUAGAGAAACUCCUAUUUGAAGAGAAAUUUUCCAGAAAACACAUGUAACUGCCAUAUUUUCAUGUUUCACUUCAAGUGUUUUGAGGGAUAAUAGCAAGAUAUUUUAAGUCACAGGAACAAUUUUUCUAACAAACAUUUUAUACAUCAGUGCUACUAUUUUUAAUUUAUGAACAUAGUUAUGUGGCAAAUUUUAUAAUGGAACAUUUGAACAAAGGAAAAGUUUUUAACCAGUUUUCCAAGUAACUGCUUAAAUUAAUAUUUUUAGUUGAAUGCCUAUUGAUGUAUUCUUUGUAAAAAUAUAUGAUGUAAAAUUAUGAUAAUUAUUACUAAAAUUUUUAAAUUGUCACCCAGUGCAUGUGCUUGAUGCACAGUUUGAUAUAUAUAAAUAUAUACUUAACUGCAUUUUUAAUUUAAUUUGACAUAUAUUUACUUAGUUGUGACUAAAACUAACCUUAGCUAGCUCUCUCACAUAUGUAGAGAGCAACAAGAACAAGCAAUUUUCAUUGUCAACAAAUAUAGUGGUUGUGAUUGUACAAGAUAGUUAUUUUUCAGUUUAUCAAAACAUAUUUUUAGAAAAUCUUGGAGCACCUCUUUGGUAAUCUGGACUAUUGUUUGUCCUGUGGAGCAAAUGGAAUUUUUAUAGAAAAAUUAGUUGUUGAUUGUAUUCAAAUGGCAUAUUCCUAGAAGUUCCUCAUUAUUUACAAUUUUCCUGGUGAAAAUCAUAACAAAUUAAAAAUAUUUCAGCGAACAGUUUUAUUAUUAACAUUAAUACAUGUAACAUUACUUGUACACAUUUUUAUGCAUUUUUCAUUGUUACAAUGAAAUAUGUCAUAUAUUUUUAAUGAAAGAAUGAGUGAUAAAUGUUGUUUACUUCUGGCAUUCACAUAUUAUUCAAUGUCUUCUUCCUCUGUGAAUUUUUAUUCUUAUUUAUUCUUGUAUUGUGAUGGUCACAUUUUCCUCCAAUUUGCUGUCAUUGUUGAUGAUGUUGACUCUGUGUGUUAAAUCAACAUGUGCCUUCAUCAACAGGUUUGUUGAAUGUGGUUAUGUCUGAGUAAUGUUGGCAGCACAAACUGAUUUUUUUCUGUCAUUAACAGAACAUGUACUAAUAGUAGUAUUCCUCAACAGUUGUAUAAAAAUAAAUCUUUUCAACAACAAA